GAACGCGUUCGUUUCUCCGGUGUAAUUUGCAGGAGCAGGCAACGUCGCGUACCCUCGCGAACCAGCAACCGGCAACCGGCAGCCGGCAUCCAGCAACCAGCGACCAGCAUAGAACCACCGGCAUCGUACGCUGCGAGAUGAGGGCCACGUUUCUGUUCGGCGUCGUCCUGGCGAUGUUCCUCGUGCUGUCGCAACAUCGUGUCGUGGAAACGAAGAAGGUGAUCAUCCACGUGCCCUACAGAGUGAAGAAGGUGGAGCACACUCACACCAUCUACAAGAUCGUUCCUCGUUACACUAGCGAGCACCUCGAACGCCACGAGCAUCACGAUCGUCGCGAGAAAGAGGAGGAGCCGGAGGACGAGGACAAGUACGACGUCUAGAGCCGCGCGCCGACCGGAUCGCGGAUAUACGAUAGAAUCGUGGGCGUAACGUUGCGCGCAUUCGAUAGGCGCGGGUGCGAGCGUCGAAUCGUUCGGUCGAAGGGAACCAUGUACAAAUCCGCUCGAGCAGCAUCGCGUUGCCGAAUAAGUUGAGCGAAUAUAAUUAUGCCGUUCGCCGUUAAGGAUAAGCUCGAUAAAUAACGUUUCGUAAAUUU